AUGAUGCUGCAUCAGACAGAAGCUCGUAAAGAGCACAUUGAUGUCUUCAUAUACGAGAUUGGUAUCAAGAAGACAAAUCUCGACAAGCGGCGCAAGAUCGAUAGUCUUAAGCUUUCAUCUUUUGAGUGGCAAAAUGUGUCGCUCUUUCUUGGGCUUCUUAGGUACAUGCAAUUUGCCCCUGCUCUGGAGGCUGCUGCUGCAAAGGUAGACGAAUACUACAAUCGCACAGAUACUUCAGAUGCAUACAUUGUCACCAUGUACCUGACCCCGGACCAGAAGGGGGCGCAUUUCAAGAAGCACUGGUCCGCAGACUUGCGCCUGCAAGCGGAGCAAUCCAUGGAGAGGGUGUUUGCAGAACGGUGGAACAAGCUGCACCGCUCCAGUUCAUCUACUGCCUCCGCUUCUGCCCCCAGACUGUCUAGAAAGGUAUCUACCCUCCUUAGAGAGCUUUCAGACGACGAGUACGAGGCUUCAGCUAUGGAAAACCCAUCAGCAGAGCAUGGUGGCUCUUUGUCCGACCAGGAUAAGCCUUACUGGCAGGAGUACCACAGCUAUCUCAUCAGCAAAGAGGUCGUGCCACUAGGCAUGUCUACUGUGACAUGGUGGGGUCUGAACGCAGCUCGAUCCCCCACUUGGGCGUCGCUUGCUCACGAUUUCCUUUCUAUCAUGGCCAGCUCUGUCUCUAGUGAGAGAGCCUUUUCCCAGGCAGGUAUCACCAUCAGCCCAAGGCGCAACUGGUUAAAAGCAGAUGUCGUCGAGGCACUUCAAUUUAUGAAGUGCCUCCUCAAGCACGAUCUCAUAUUCCGGGAGCCUGGGCCGUCUUCCUUGGUGGAGGAGGAUGAAUUGGCCCAGGAUCUUGCUGAGAUGACCUUGAAUGCGCAGGAGGCUUCUGUUCUGGGACCUUGGGACCUUGGCCUUCUAGACGACGAUGAUAUGGACUUAUAUGAGUAG